AUGCUCAGUGCCUACUACGUGGCCUUCGUGCCUGUGUGGUUUGUCAAGGUGAGGCCUGGCUGGGAGGUGACCCUGGGGCACAAGGAGGGGCCACAGUCCUUGGUUGUGGCACAAAACCCUCCAGAUAUUACCUGGAAUCCCUCCUCACUCCCAGAUUCCCAAGGUUUUGGAGAUCCCAGAUUCCACAGAAACCCUCCAGACCUUACCUGGAAUCUUUCCUCACUCCCAGAUUCCAGAGGGGUUUUGGAGUGCCCAAAUUCCACAGAUCUUUCCUCACUCCCAGAUUCCAGAGAGGUUUUGGAGAUCCCAGAUUCCACAGAAACCUCCAGACCUUACCUGGAAUCUUUCCUCACUCCCAGAUUCCAGAGGGGUUUUGGAGAGCCCAAAUUCCACAAAAACCCUCCAGACCUUACCUGGAAUCUUUCCUCACUCCCAGAUUCCAGAGGUUUUGGAGAUCCCAAAUUCCACAGAUCUUUCCUCACUCCCAGAUUCCAGAGGGGUUUUGGAAAUCCCAAAUUCCACAGAUCUUUCCUCACUCCCAAAUUCCAUAGAGGUUUUGGAGAGCCCAAAUUCCACAGAAACCCUCCAGAUAUUACCUGGAAUCCCUCUUCUCUCCCAGAUUCCAGAGAGGUUUUGGAGAGCACAAAUUCCACAGAAACCCUCCAGACCUUACCUGGAAUCUUUCCUCACUCCCUGAUUCCAGAGAGGUUUUGGAGAUCCCAAAUUCCACAGAUCUUUCCUCACUCCCAGAUUCCAGAGAGGUUUUGGAGAGCCCAAAUUCCACAGAAACCUCCAGACCUUACCUGGAAUCUUUCUUCACUCCCAGAUUCCAGAUUCCACAGAAACCUCCAGACCUUACCUGGAAUCCCUCCUCACUCCCUGAGCAAUGCAGCCCGAAUUCCAGAGGUUUUGGAGAUCCUAAAUUCCACAGAUCUUUCCUCACUCCCAGAUCCCAGAGAGGUUUUGGAGAGCCCAGAUUCCACAGAAACCCUCCAGACCUUCCCUGGAAUCUUUCCUCACUCCCAGAUUCCAGAGAGGUUUUGGAGAGCCCAAAUUCCAGAGAAAUCCUCCAGAUCUUACCUGGAAUCUCUCCUCACUCCCUGAGCAAUGCAGCCCGAAUUCCAGAGGUUUUGGAGAUCCCAGAUUCCACAGAAACCCUCCAGAUAUUACCUGGAAUCCCU